AUGAAGCGGGACGUCGUGCCUGUGGAUUUGCAGGUCCUCAUCCUGCUCGCUGUCGUCGCCGCUGCCAGUGCUGGCUACAUUGGUGGUCCAGCUGCUGUAGCUGCCCCAGUUGCCGUUGCUGCCCCAGUCGCCCACGCCGUUGCUGCCCCAGUUGCUGUUGCCCAUGCCGUCGAAGGUGGACACUCCACCCAGCACCGUUCCCAGGACCUCGCUGGCAACUACAACUUCGGCUACAACGAGCAGCACACCACUGGUGGUUCCUUCCGUCAGGAAUCUGGUGACGCUUUCGGCAACAAGGUCGGCUCUUAUGGUCUCACUGACGCCGAUGGCCGCGUCCGUGUUGUAAAGUACGUCGCUGACGGUCUUGGCUUCCGUGCCUCCGUCGCCACCAACGAGCCAGGAACCGCCCCAUCCACCCCAGCUGCCGCUGGCUACAACGCCCCAGUUGUUGCCCCAGCUCCCCGAGUCGCUGUCGCCGCUGCCCCAGUUGCCGUCGCUGCCCCAGUCGCUGCCUACGCUGCUCCAGUCGCCAGGGCUGUUGCCGCACCAGUCGCCGUCGCUGCCGCUGCCCCAGUCGCUGCCUACGCCGCCCCAGUUGCCCACUACGCUGCUCCAGUCGCUAGGGCUGUUGCUGCUCCAGUCGCUGCCUAUGGUGCCCACUACGCCGCUGCUCCAGUCGCUGCCUAUGGUGCCCACUACGCCGCCGCCCCAGUCGCUGCCUAUGGUGCCCACUACGCCGCUGCCCCAGUCGCUGCCUACGGUGCCCACUACGCCGCUGCCCCAGUUGUCGCUGGUCACGGUCUCUACGGCGCUGCCUACGGUGUAGGUCUUGGUUACGGCUACGGCCUCGGCUACGGUCACGGUCUCGGCUAUGGCGCCCACGUCAAGCACGUGUACUAA